UUCAGUUCAUUCAUACAUUCCUGACGAAACCAUUUGCAUUCUCUGAAUAGCCCCACUAAGAAAGAACUUGCAUUUUUUGUGUAGCUGAUUAUUGAGCUCUUGAUUUGAGUGACAGUUUUCUGAUCAAGAUGGUGGAAGAGAAGGCCUGGAUUGCGAAAGAUGUUACUGAAUUGGUUGGCAACACACCAUUGGUGUAUCUCAACCAUCUUGUAGAUGGUUGUGUCGCGAAAGUUGCUGCUAAGCUGGAGAUGAUGGAGCCUUGCUCCAGCGUCAAGGAUAGGAUUGGAUAUAGUAUGAUCACAGAUGCUGAGGAGAAGGGUCUUAUUAAGGCUGGUGAGAGUGUCCUUGUCGAGCCUACAAGUGGGAAUACUGGCAUAGGAUUGGCUUUUAUGGCAGCUGCAAAGGGUUACAAGCUAAUAAUUACCAUGCCUGCUUCCAUGAGUCUCGAAAGACGAACCAUUCUUCGAGGUUUCGGAGCAGAACUUGUUCUCACAGAUCCCGCCAAAGGCAUGAAAGGUGCUGUUCAGAAGGCACAAGAGAUAGUGGAUAAGACACCCAAUGCUUAUAUGCUUCAGCAAUUUGAGAACCCUGCCAACCCUAAGGUUCAUUAUGAAACUACUGGACCAGAAAUAUGGAGAGGCACUGCUGGUAAAGUAGAUGCCUUUGUUUCUGGCAUAGGGACCGGAGGUACCAUAACAGGUGCUGGGAAAUACCUCAAAGAGCAAAAUCCUGAUGUCAAGCUCUAUGGUGUAGAACCAGUUGAAAGUGCCGUCUUGUCUGGAGGGCGACCUGGCCCACACAAGAUUCAAGGAAUUGGUGCUGGCUUCAUCCCUGGAGUUUUAGAUGUCAACCUAAUUGAUGAAGUUAUCCAAAUAUCAAGUGAAGAAGCUAUUGAAACAGCUAAGCGUCUAGCAUUGAAGGAAGGUUUGUUGGUAGGGAUAUCAUCUGGUGCUGCGGCUGCAGCUGCAAUUGAGAUUGCAAGGAGGCCAGCAAACGCUGGAAAGCUCAUUGUUGUUGUCUUCCCCAGCUUUGGAGAGCGCUACCUCUCGUCUGUGUUGUUUGAAUCUGUGAAGCGGGAGGCAGAGAACAUGGUUUUCGAACCCUGAAAUGCUCACUUUCAAAAGGGAUUACAAUAGUGCAUGGUGUGAAGCUGGUGGCCAAAUCCACAAAAGUAUCACAGUCGAAGAGUGCUUUUAGUUCAAGUCUUUGCUUACCAACAUUAGUCUCAAUAAGUAUCAUGAAAUA